CCAGCCUUUGCAGAACCUGGUGCCGGAGACACGCGAGCUUGUUUUGGUAACCGGACGUGAAAUGGCGGAAGCGCGGGCGUUAGGAGGCGACCGCGCGACCGCUCCGUUUCCCACCGAGGAUCGCGAGUGCAAAGUCUGCUACAGCCGCUAUGACUUGGACCGCCACGCUCCCAAAGUACUGGACUGCUUGCACACGUUCUGCCAGGAGUGCCUCAGUAGUCUCCACUUCCGGGAGGGCGGAGGCUGGAGAGUCGGUUGGCCCCUCUGCCGCCGUCGCACCCCGGUGCCGGAGUACCAGGUUCGAAACCUCCCCGACAACGUCGGAGUGUUAGCCGAGACCGCCCCGGACCGCCUGCCCCCGGACGGCCCGGCUGCUGACUGCGCUCCCGCUGCGCAUGCGCAGGCGUCGGCCGCGGACGCGCAGGAGCGCACGGGGAGCGGUCAGGCGUGCAUGCGGGUUGCGUUAGCCACGGGUUGCGCUUGCGCCAUCCUCUCCUUCCUCUCCUCGCUUCUCCUGUUGUUCACGGGCCUCAUCUUGGUGCACAAUUUCAACAGUCCCCCGUCGCCGAUCGGCCCCGUCUGCUUGUCCGUGGCAAGCGUGCUCGCCAUGUUCUCAGUGAUCCUCACUUGGUUAGCGUGCUGGCUGCAACACAGGCGCGAAACCGAAACGGGGCAUCCAAGCACUACUUCAUCUAAUGCCAUUAGGAGAAACGCAACAUCCACCUCCCCGGCGCGACCCGUCCCUCCGCUCCUCUGUUGA